AACAGCCCAACAGGCCGCGUUCUAACAUUCCGGUGAUUUUGGCCGCCGAAGCACUCCGUGGGUCUCGUCUGCUUUCUCUUUACCUCGCUUCUGUCGCCUUCACCACCUAAAGAUCCUCGCAAUAUGGAUCACGUUAUGUAACCAUCGGAGCUCGAAAAUGUCGCAUCAACAAAGCACUACCAGUAGCAGCAACAUUCCAGUAAGCGAAGUGUUCUGGACUCUCGUUGAUAAAGCUGACAAGAAGUUCUCUAAGAUCAGGGAUUUGCCUUAUUACCAGCGUACCAGGUAUGACACGUACUUUUAUAAGGUCUUUAAGGUUUACACACAGUUGUGGAAGUUUCAACAGGAGAAUCGGCAGAAGCUGGUUGAAUCUGGGCUUAAGAGAUGGGAGAUUGGUGAAAUUGCAUCUCGCAUUGGGCAACUAUAUUUUGGGCAGUACAUGAGAACAAGUGAUGGGAGUUAUCUAUCUGAGUCGUAUAUAUUCUAUGAAGCUAUAUUAACUCGGGAGUAUUUUAAGGAGGGAUUAUUUCAGGAUGUGAACAUUGCAAACAAACAAUUGAGGUUUCUUGCUCGGUUCCUGAUGGUUUGUUUGGUUUCAAACCGGAGAGAAAUGGUGCAGCAAUUGGCUAAUCAGAUUAAAUUAUUAGCUGAUGAAUGUAAGCGAACAUUCCAGGAAAGUGACUUUAAAGAAUGGAAGCUGGUGGUUCAAGAAGCUGUCAGAUUUUUGAAAGCUGACACAGCUUUUAUGAAUAUCAGGCCUUUGAGAUAUAGUCUAGUUUUGGACACUCAUCCAGAUACUCUACUGCAUGUUGCUCCAGCAAUCACAAAGAGAAAUCUAAAAUUACAAGAUGCUCUAUUGAGCAGCUUCCAUCAUAAUGAGGUAAAAUUUUCAGAGCUCACUAUUGACACAUUUAGAAUGCUUCAAUGUUUGGAGUGGGAACCUAGCGGCUCAUUUUACCAAUCUAGCUCAAAACUUAGUCAGAAUGGGCCUCCUGGGGCCAGUCGCAUUGGUUUUUCACAGGAUAUUGUUGAUCCUACUUUACCAACUAACCCACGGAAAGCUGUGUUAUAUCGUCCGUCACUUACAAACUAUAUGGCAGUUCUAGCCACAAUUUGUGAGGAGCUUCCUCCUGAUGGUGUUCUCCUAAUAUAUUUGUCAGCUUCAGGAUCUUUUGGUGCUGUGGACAAUGAAUCUGGUUGCUUACAGUUUGGGCGCGUGGAGAUGGAGGUACAUCUUAGAGAAUACCUUGGAUUAAACUCCAUUUAUCCAUCUGACUUUCUACCAUUUACAAGAAGACCGCUUCUAUUAGUCAUUGACAGUGAAAGCAGUGAGGCAUUCAAGGCCAUAGCUGGAAAAGAGAAAGGAGAGUCAGUUGCUAUGCUCCUUUCUCCUAGUUGUUUACCCCCAAUUGCUUCUGCUGAUUGGUCACGAUAUAUACAUGGGAGCCUGUUCACCAUGUUUCUGACAGCUCCACUGCAAGCUUUCUGUCUGCUGCUUGGUCUUUCAGGCAAUGAUAUUGAUAUGGACACAUACAACAAAGCUGAGAAGCUGCUUUCAUCAUUAUUAAACGACUGGGGACUGGCUUUGGCAACAAGAGACAUGCUUAAUCCUGUUUGGGGACAGAUUUUAGGUGAUCCCUUCAUAAGGCGACUUCUUUUAAGAUUCCUCUUUUGCCAGAGAGUGCUAACACUAUAUGCCCCGAUCAACAAUAAGAAGGAAUUCCUUCCAUUAUGUGUCCCAUCUCUUCCAACACCUGUCCUGCCUUCAGAUUCUUCGUCACAGAGUGUAAUUAUGCAGUUAGCCAAGUUGUUUGGUGCCACUGAGAGAUUCAUAUUCUCAGAGGAAACUGUUCUUCCUAAAAAUGAGAUGCCAACUCAAUGAGGAUCAGUUCUAUGCAGAUGCUUCAGAUGUGUAAUCUUAUACAGCUUCGUUGUGUAGCUGCAUCCAUCAUUAUGGACUCUUAUAUUUGAUCAUGGGCGUUUGCUGGGAAAAUAGUAUUUAAGGUACAGGCUUGUUUGUGUUCCCUGAGUUUGAACAAGUAUGUUUGGAAUUUGUAUUGGGUGUUUGUAAAACCAUGAAGGUCCUCUUAAACACACUAUACCCCAGAGAAGUGGCUUCUUUCCACUGCAGUGGGGAGAACACUACAAAUUCGGACUGUCAAAUUUAGAUUUGAUAGGUUUCUAAAGCACAGAUUAAUUUGUACUGUUAAAAUUUGAUCUAAAUUGUUCAAAUUUUUAGCGAAGGUGUAAUGGAGAAACUGUAGUGGAGGGAAACGAGGUCUAUUUGAGGAAAAUGAAAUUUUUUUUUUUUAUUUUUUGGGACCAGCGGGGAAGAUGGAUGUUGCAUGGAUCUCCUAAGAAUAUUAGAAACCUACAUGAUCACUCGUAAUUUUGAAGCGUACAAAAUCCUCCCUUGUUAAUAGAAUUACGAGUUUUUGGAUUUGUAAAAGCAAUGAUUCAUAGUUCAAUGGCUUAGAUGGAGUUGAAUUAGUGAUGACUAAAAUUUUACUUUUGGUUUGUAUAUUACAAAUCACUUGCAUCAACACACACACACACACGUUUGUAUUGAUGUAUGGAUGUAAGAUAAAUUUUGUAGUAAUAUUUACAAUUAAAGUGAAUAAUUUCAGAUUUUGAAUUAA